CUCGCGCGGUGGUAGGGACCACUGUGCCUCUGUUGCAAUGCAAAAGAGACCGGGUCCGGCAGCAUCGCCACUGUUUUUUUCUACUUCAGAUUCGGUGCGUUCGUUCGAUGAAUCGGCGAUGUCUCUGCACAAAUAGCUGGCGAAGGGCAGCUACGGUGUAGUACGUGAGCAAGCCGAUUGGUCGUUCUGUGUGUUUCCAGGUGUGGCCUAUUUGCCUCUGGGAGUGAAGUUGAGUCGAGUUGACAGUGAUUCUCGUUCAUGCUGGCAAAGCUUCUAGCUGAAAACCAUGGAAAUCAGACCGUAGGUCGAGGAUAUAAGCUGACAAUUGCAAUUGCUUAGGAUGUUGAUGUAAAGAUUACUCAUUCUUCCUUUUAAGUAUUUUGAUCAGUUGUUAGCGCUUCGGUGUUGCAGUUAUGUCUCUUACCAGGUUUUUUGCCUUAGGUUUAGUUGGAUAUUAUUGGAUUCUAGGGAGUCUGUUCUAGUAGUGUGAGGUGAUUGUGGCGUAAUCAAGAAUGAUGGACAGCGGUCUCUGCGUCUUGGUCGACGUCAAGCUUACUUUCACAAGUCUAACUAUGAAACACGGUUGCCUUCAAAUUCUGCGCCGGUAGACGCUUUAAAUUCCGCGCAUGAUAAUUUGCAGUUUGAUCCAUCUAGCGAUUUCAAGAUUUUUCUAUAGGCAUUGGAAUCGGACAUUCCUCGUACCGAGAACAAAAUUCACAUUGGUCAGGGAUGUUGUUUUCACACGUGUUGUGGCAAACAGAGGAAGUACUGAAAUUCACAUGUGUAAUUUCAUUGCUGCAUACAAUUUGAGAGUUCGUGGAAGUACUGCUAGUCAACAUGGGAGGGCAGCGGAGAAUUAAGUGCAGUAGUUGUCAAGUGGAGACAUUAGUGACCUUGUCUCCAGGCACAAGGUCUAUCAUCUGCGAGCACUGCUUGGCAGUAAUACAGGUGACGCCUGUAGAAGCUCCUUCGAUUCCAUCGAAACCUGACACCUAUUCUCCGCGUCAUGUGUUGCCAUAUUGGGAGGGUGAAGGCAGUCCUGGUUCACAUCCUCACCAGUCUCUGUCUGGCGCUAUUAGACUUCCACCUCCAAAUCAUCAACAACACUCUGUUCUCUGUCAUCAUGAUCCCAUUCCAAACCAGCACCCCUUGGCUCAGCUUCGCUCUGUGUCCAUGUCGCGUACGCAAGUACCCGAACAGCCUCAUCUUCAGCCUCAUCUUCAUCCUCAUCUUCAGCAUCAGAUGUCACUCAAAGCAGGAAAUACGCCUGAUCUGAGCAUGCUCAACCUCCCACCGAUUGUAGUCUCAGAGCCGAAGCUAAUCAAGGACCCAAGCCUAUAUCAAUAUUCGCAGAGCAAGUAUUCAGAGGAGGAACCUAGUCUAAAACAUCCGACGGAAAGCGUACCUUCUCCGAACGCGAGGCGGCCAGCACUGAAUCCUGGAUCCGCAAGGCCCGUUAAUCCCCUACCAACACAAGGUGUACAGCUUUAUCGCCAUAAUUCGUCUCCAAAUCCUUUGCAGUAUUGCCCAAAAUCAUUCAACGCACAAGGAUCUAAAAGAGCGGUUAUCUGUGGAAUUUCGUACGGGGGAACAUCAAUUGAGCUCAAGGGGUGUUUAAAUGAUGCAAAGUGCAUGAGUUACUUGCUGAUGUCGAAGUUUCAUUUCCCAGAGUCUGCUAUUCUUGUGCUAACAGAGGAUCAAGUGGACCCACGCCGACAGCCUACGAAAUAUAACAUCAUGCAGGCCCUGGAAUGGUUAGUUCAAGGCUGCCAAGCUGGAGAUUCGCUCGUAUUUCAUUUCUCAGGCCAUGGCUCUCAACAGCCCAACUACAUAGGAGAAGAACUCGACGGUUUCGACGAGACUUUGAUACCUGUUGACUUCAUGACUGCAGGCCAGAUCGUUGACGAUGAUAUCAAUACCACAAUCGUCAGGCCCCUGCCUACUGGAGUUGAUCUUCACGCCAUAGUGGAUGCCUGCCACAGCGGCACUGUUUUAGAUCUGCCAUUUCUCUAUCGAUAUAGCGGACAUGAAGCAUUCGUAUGGGAAGACCAUCGUCCGGCUACAGGUACAUGGAAGGGGACAGCAGGGGGAAACGUGUACUCGUUUAGUGGUUGUGAUGACCAUCAAACGGUCUUUGAUACUAUGGAGAAUCUUGGGAGGUCGACCUCAACAGGAGAGAUGACCUACUGCUUCAUCCAGGCAAUUGAACGUGGUUAUGGCACCACUUAUGGAAGUCUUCUAAAUGCUAUGCGUUCAGCAAUCCAUAUGGCUGAAAACCAGUUGGUCACAUCACUCAUUGACAUGCUUCUAAAAGGUGGCAGCUACGAAGGCGGUGACACGCCGGAACCACAACUAACAUCGUCAAGAUGUUUCGACGUUUCAACGCCGUUUAGACUAUGAACGUGAAACGUGGGUGGGUAAUAUUUAAAAUGAUUUAACUGAUAUGGCGGCCGAGUGAGAAGUGCUUAUUGCAGUAUGUGAAUCGUAAAAAGGGUUUACCUGCUCGUGAAGUUAAAAACUUGUACAUUUAAACCUCGGUCACACCUAAAAGGUCGUGUCCCUGGUUGAGCAUGUCAGAGCCGCAGGAAUUUGCAGUAGCCUGCGUCAAAAUACAAAAGUAGUAACUUCCAUCACACUUCAGUUUUGUGGUUAGUGAGGGUUAUGUUCAAAUCAGUAUUUCCUUUGUAAGAGCGGAUACCGAUGCCUGACAUCAGAAAUUGGGCACGAACCAAGAGGUAUAAUGAAUUGGUAAGAAACUUCAAAGAUUUUCCCUAGAUGGUCUGGACGACAUACUAGCUCUAUUGAUAAAUGCUCAAGUUAGAAAGACUCUCAAAUUCUCAACAUACUAGCUCUAUUGAUAAAUGCUCAAGUUAGAAAGACUCAAAUUCUCAACGAGAGCUCACGAAGAUGUCCAGAAUGUGAGAAGUUGUAAUAUUCGCGGGACCACAAACGAACAGUUUGUCCAAUGUCUGUAAUAUGUUUUAUUAUAAAAUGAUAAUAUAAACGUUGUAUUUCAAUCAA